AAGAAAGAGGCCAGCUCUUCUUUCUGUAAUCAAAUAGAAAGUAGUAAUUUCUGUAAUCAAAUAGAAAGUAGUAAUUUCUGUAAUCAAAUAGAAAGUAGUAAUUUCUGUAAUCAAGUAGAAAGUAGUAAAAGGGAGUUUAGAAGCUCAAGAAGAGUUCAGCGAUGGAGUGUAGAGAAGACAGUCCAGAAGCACAGGAAGCAAAAUCUGAAAAGUUUAACUGUCCACAGCUGAGUCAAACUCCAAGGAAGAAGAAGAAGAACAAGCUGAAGAACAAGAGGAGGUUUAGUGAUGAGCAGAUCAGGUCACUGGAAUCUAUUUUUGAAUCAGAAACAAAGCUUGAACCAAGGAAGAAGCUGCAAGUGGCAAGAGAGCUUGGGCUGCAGCCUCGCCAAGUAGCUAUAUGGUUUCAGAACAAGAGAGCUAGAUGGAAGUCGAAACAGAUGGAGAAAGAAUACAGGAUUCUGAGAGCUAAUUAUGACAGCUUAGCAUCACGGUUCGAGUCCUUGAAGAAAGAGAAACAGUCCUUACUUGUACAGUUGCAGAAGCUGAGUGAACUUCUGGUAAAACCAGAUGUAAAUAAAAACAGCAAGGAUUUGGAAGGAAGCAGCAGAGAUGGUCGUUUAGAAAAUGGAGAUGAAGACAGCAAGGCUGAAGCAAAACUAGGUAUCCUGCAUGUAGGACUGGAGAAAAAGGGAUCGCUUGGCUCAAAAAUUGAAAAUGUUAAAGAUAUUGAUCAUGAAGGACAUGAAGCACAAGAACUUCGAAACAUGGAUGAAUAUGCAGAUGGUUCCUUAGUAUUACCCGAAAAAUGGUAUGGUUUUGAUGCAGGUAGCAUAAAUGAUCAGUCAUAUAACAGCUCAAACUGGUUGAACUUCUGGACUUAAGAAGCCAAACCUACAAAAAUGUUGGAUUUCUGUUGCAAGAUUGAUUCCCUAAGUGUUGAUCAUCGCAUACCUUUAAUGUGAGCUUGUAAGAAUCAAUAAUAUGAAGUGGAAAGGCACCAUCACUUCUAGCAAUGCCGAUUGAGAGCCACCAAAUUGAAGCUUGAUUAAUAUGAUGAACACCUGGAAAGAAAAUGGGCAAAGCACAGAAAUUGGCAUAUGGUAAUCAUCAAAAGAACAUAGGAACAAGCAAGAGCAAGCAUCAUCUUAGCCUAUAUCUGUGUGUUUUUUGCAAGAAUAUCACCCUGUAUAGCAUGUUCAAGAUACUAGACAUUUGAAAUCAGUUCACAUGUUCUAAUUUACUUGACUAACAACUGAGUCCCUUUCUUUUGCUUUAUGAAUUAUGGUUAUAAUACAUCCUUACCUCUAUA